AUGACAUCAACCGAGUGUCCAAUCUGCUCCCGUCAUGUGCGCCUUGAAAACCUCUCGCUGCAUGUAGACACGUGUUUGGCCAAACAGGACAAGUCCAAUGCAUUGUUACAGUCUCCUUUAUCAUCGUCUAUGAAUGCUCAGUCUUCUACCAGUAGUAGUAGUAGUAGUAAUCACAGUCCAUUCAGACCAAGUCAAAGACCGACAGAUGUCACCCCGUCUCAAGUCGGUAAAAAGCGCAAACACUCACCACGUGACAAUCAUUCCGCUGUGCCAUUGGCAGAACGGAUGAGACCUAAGGAUAUUAAUAAUCUAGUAGGACAGGACGAACUUGUAGGUCCUGGUCGUAUUUUAACGACCCUUAUUGAAAUGGAUCGAGUGCCUAAUAUGAUUAUAUGGGGACCACCAGGAUGUGGGAAAACAACAUUAGCAACUAUCAUUGCAGAGCAAACAAAGUGUAAAUUCAUCACUCUAUCAGCUACAACAUCAAAAGUAUCAGCUUUGAAAGAUACAUUGACUCAAGCAGAAAAAGCGUAUCAACUAUUUCAUCGACGGACAAUUGUUUUUAUUGAUGAGAUUCAUCAUUAUAAUAAGACGCAACAGACUUUUCUCUUACCUGCUGUAGAAAAUGGGACAAUUACACUCCUUGGUGCAACAACCGAGAAUCCAUCCUUUGAAAUAACCAAUGCUUUAUUAAGUCGAUGUCGUGUGUAUACACUCAAGAAACAUUCACUAGAGUCUAUGACAUUCAUUCUACAACGUGCUUUGAAUGAUCAUGUGACUGGAGGGAUACAAUCACUGACACUGAAACAGAAACUAGCGCUACAGGUGAAUGACGAUCCUGACAGUGACAAAAAGAAGACAAGUGAUGUCUUGAUUGAAGCAGAAGAUGAAGCUAUUGAGUACUUGGCAAAACAAUGUGAUGGUGACGCUCGAAUUGCAUUGAAUUGUUUGGAAAUGGCUCUUCAAACGGCUCCAAUGGAUACAGAAAAACGUCUACUACGUGUAACUGCUGCUCAUGUUCAUCACUGCUUUGCGCAUCGACAAACGCUUUUCUAUGAUCGAAAUGCUGACAUGCAUUAUGAUUGCAUUAGUGCACUCCAUAAGUCCGUGCGUGGUAGCGAUGAGAAUGCUACACUUUACUGGUUGGCACGCAUGCUUGAAGGCGGUGAGAAUCCAUUAUACGUUGCUCGACGGCUUAUUCGAAUUGCAAGUGAAGAUGUCGGUCUUGCAGCGCCUGAGUUACUUCCUAUGGCGGUAUCAGCGUACCAGGCUGCUCACUUUGUUGGAAUGCCGGAGUGUGAUGUCGUGCUUGCUCAUGUUGCAACGAUGCUUGCUCGCGCACCGAAGUCCAUUGAAGUUUAUGCUGCAUACAAACGAGCAAAGCAAUCUAUCAAGGAGUGGGAUAAAGGUGCACUACCAGACGUCCCACUUCAUUUACGUAAUGCCCCGACGAAGCUUAUGAAACAGAUGGGCUAUGGAAAAGAGUAUAAGUACAACCCGCACUAUAGUGCUGAUGAGCUCAAAGAUCAGACUUAUCUGCCGGAUGAACUGGCAGGCACGAAUUUUUUUAAGCAAAACGAUGUAGACCGAGAUGCAUGCUAA